CACAUGACAGCACAUAUAAAAUGUUUUUCAAUGAGAUUUCCUGGCAAAGUGGACUGCGUCGUUUGUGGGAGUGUUGAGGCCGCACCGCUACCAGUCUGAAACUAGCUUGUUUAACAAAAGGUGUAUAAAGAAAAAGAAAAGAAGCAAUCAUUUAAUUUGACCAUUGCAACGGAUCAAGCAAGCAAGGAAGAAGAGUAGAGAGAGCUAGUUCCCUUUCCUUUCAUUUCAUUUCAUUCCUUUCAAAAAUGAGCAACGAAUACGAUUACCUCUUCAAGCUUCUACUAAUCGGUGACUCGUCCGUCGGAAAAUCUUGCCUCCUCCUCAGAUUCGCUGAUGAUUCUUAUAUCGACAGCUACAUCAGCACCAUUGGAGUUGAUUUCAAAAUCAGAACUGUGGAGCUGGAAGGGAAGACCAUCAAGCUGCAGAUUUGGGAUACGGCUGGUCAGGAGCGCUUUAGGACUAUAACAAGCAGUUAUUACAGGGGAGCACAUGGAAUUAUUAUUGUCUAUGAUGUUACCGAGAUGGAAAGCUUCAACAAUGUGAAGCAGUGGUUGCAUGAGAUAGAUAGAUAUGCUAGUGACAGUGUCUGCAAGCUUCUUGUGGGAAAUAAAUGUGAUUUAGUUGAGAAUAAGGUUGUUGAUACUCAAACUGCUAAGGCCUUUGCAGAUGAGCUUGGCAUCCCUUUCCUUGAGACAAGUGCUAAAGAUUCAAUCAAUGUGGAGCAGGCUUUCUUAACUAUGGCAGCAGAGAUUAAGAAGAAGAUGGGAAGCCAACCAACUGCUAGUAAUUCGUCAGAAACUGUUCAAAUGAAGGGACAACCAAUUUCUCAGAAAAACAACUGCUGUGGUUAGGUAGAAGUCUUAGAUUUUCUACUCAAAUGUUAACUGUUAUAUGAAAAUACAGACACUGUUCUCGACUUUGUUAUGUUAUGUUACAAUAACUGUUGCAAUGUCUAUAUUUAAAUCCUUGGAUAAUGAAGGAAUCCAACUUAAAAUUUCUGAAAUCUGUGUGACAGAGAUCAUAGUAGUUGUAAAUUCUUGGAUGAUGGAGAAAAUGUCAGAUUAAUGUUAUUUUUA